CUCUCUCGCGAUGGAUUUUUUUGUCGAUGGGGCAGGUACGGAUGGAGUCGGUUGAGGCGGUGGUGGCGCACAUCCAGGCGCUGUCGGGAAGCCACGAGGAGGUCGCCGACCUCCAUUCCCUCCUCAAGCAAUCGGAGGGCGCACUCCGCUCCCGGGCCGCCCGCCUCGGCCCGUUCCUCCAUCAACUUGACCCCUCCGCCCACACUCUCGGUUACCUCUUCCUGUUGGAGGCAUACUCAUCUAGGCCAAUUUCAAGGGAGCAAGAUGAAAAUUUUCUUCCGUUUAUAGUAGGAUUUGUUAACUCAUGCUCGGCAGAACAGAUACGUUUGGCACCUGAAAAAUUUAUUUCUGUUUGCAAGAGUUUUAAGGAUCAGGUUAUGCAACUUCAAGUUCCCAUACGGGGAAUAACUCCCUUGCGAACAGCUAUUCGUAAACUUCAGACCUCCUCAGAGCAGUUGACAACUUUACAUUCAGAUUAUCUUCUUCUCUGUCUGCUAGCAAAGUUCUAUAAAGCUGGACUAAGUAUUUUGGAUGAUGAUAUAUUUGAGGUUGAUCAGCCGAGGGACCACUUCCUCUAUUGCUAUUAUGGGGGAAUGAUAAAUAUUGGAUUAAAGCGUUUUCGGAAAGCUUUGGGGUGUCUUCAUAAUGUUGUUACUGCACCAAUGGAUGCUUUGAGUGUGAUAGCUGUUGAAGCAUAUAAAAAGUACAUUCUGGUUUCACUUAUCCUUAAUGGACAGGUUCCACCAUUCCCAAAAUAUACAUCUUCAACUGCUCAAAGGAAUUUGAAGAGACAUACUCAGCCAUAUAUUGAUCUGGCUGAUUGCUAUGCUACUGGGACAUUUUCUGAAUUAGAGGCUUGCAUCCAGACAAACCUAGAAAAAUUUCAAUCUGACAGCAAUGUUGGAUUAGUGAAACAAGUUCUAUCUUCUCUUUACAAGUGCAAUAUUCAAAGACUGACACAGACCUACUUGACUUUGUCACUGCAAGACAUAGCAAAUGCUUCCCAACUGAAGACCCCAAAUGAUGCUGAGAUGCAUGUACUUCAGAUGUUUCAGGAUGCAGAGAUAUCUGCUUCAAUAAACCAAAAGGAUGGAAUGGUCAGUUUCCAUGAGGAUCCUGAGCAAUAUAAAAUUUGUGGUAUGAUAGAGCCUAUCGAUUCUUUAAUCCAAAGAUUGAUGGAGUUGUCAAAGAAGCUGAGUUCAUUAGAUGAGCAAAUUUCAUGUGAUCUUGCACAUUUGACAAGGAUUGGAAAAGAACGACCAAGAUUAGACUGAUGAGUUUUAUUCAGUUCCUCAUAAAUUCCUGUGAAAGGGGAUUGCAGCACAUCAUUCUCGGGAAAACUUAGUUAGCCUAGCUAACUAGCGAGCUCUCCACUGGAACAGGAAGGUCUCCUUUGCUGUAUUAGCGAGUAAAUCAUUCUAGCUACAGGGGAAAAGAAUGCUUUGAGAUUGCCAUCUCAUCAGUCUAUCCUGCAUCAAAUAUGGGCAAUUUUUUGUGUUUCUUCUCAGUCCACAAAAAUCUCCUUUUUUUUUUCCACAAGUUGGAAGAACCUGCGUUACUUUGUCUUGCAUUUUUCUGAAAAAGAGACAAAAAUAUAUGU